AUAUAUGGAAUAACUCCAUUACCCAGAAGCCUGUGCGACAAAAGCCGCUCUAGCUCUAGCUGACGACGUGGCCAAGGUACGUCUCAACCCCGUGUUUCAGCGGACCGGGCGGAUUCAAACAAGGCUAACCGGCUUUGUUCAUUGCUAGUUCAGAGAGUCUUUGACUUCAACAAGUCUCUUCAGAACUUUGAUAUCAUCACCGUCUAACAAUGUCUGGGAAAAUCAAGAGCCGAAGUGCCGCAAACGCAGAGUCGAUAACCGGCGGCGUGUCCUGCGAUGAGCGCAUCUUGCGGGAUUGUCAUCAACUGUACACCGAUCCCGACAGUGGGUUGAUGUCAGUGGCCGAAUCUGUCGGUGUCAAGUUGCUGCCGCCCAGAAAAAUUACUGUGAUGCUGAUGGGCAACCACUCUGCUGGGAAAAGCUCCUUCAUCAACUGGUAUGUUGAAGAGCACAUCCAGCGCACUGGAGUGGCUAUUGAGACCCAAGGGUUCAGCUUUGUUACAAGUGGGCGCAAAAGAGAAUCUCUUACAGGAAAUGCCACCCUUCAUCUAUAUCCACACUUCAAGCCUCUGCAGGAGUUCAAAGGCGUUUCCGAGUACUUGAGCACAGAGAUCUGCACGUCGCGACAGAAACGGUUCAGCCUGGUGACAUUUGUGGAUUCGCCAGGGUUGGUGGAUGGUGAUAUGAAGUAUCCCUUUGACGUGGACGAGGUUAUCAUGUGGCUUGGUGAUCUCUGUGACCUGAUUCUGGUCUUCUUUGACCCCAUGGGUCAGGCUCUGUGCAAGCGCAGCCUCAACAUUGUGGAGACCCUGAAUGAGAAACACGGGGAUCGACUGCGCUUUUACCUGAGCAAGGCUGACGAGGCCGGGGGAGAGUCAGACAGACAGAGAGUAAUGAUGCAGAUUGUCCAGGAGCUCUGUAAGCGACCGGGACUCAACAAAUGUGGUUUUGACAUGCCCACCAUCUACAUUCCUAAUCCAAAUAAGCCAAGUCGCUGUGUCAACCAGAUCGAGGAGGCGUGUCGCACCAUUGAGAAAACCAUCAACCAAACAGUCCAGAAUACACUCAACUCCCUGGAGAAGGACUGUGAGGUGAUCAGCGAGGCCAUCGCUGAUACGCUCCAUAACGACAGGCAGGUCAGUGUUAGUAACCGCCGAGCACGCUGCAAGAGCUGCUUCCUGACUCUGCUGGGCUUCACCGUGCCUCUGGCUCUGAUGGCCUUACUGGUGCUGGGCAUCCUGUCCCAGGAGCUGCUGGAGGUGGCUCUGGGACGCGAGGGCACAGACGCGCUCUCACUCUACCUGACUCCCAUAGUGAAAAUAUUUGACUCUCUCUCUGUGGAGCAGCAGCUUUACGGCUGUGGCGGGAUGGUCCUUCUGUCCUUCCUCCUGCUCAUCUUCGCACGCUUCUUCUUCAAGACUCAACCAACUAUGACGGGCAAACAGAAAAGGCAACUGCAGGAGAAGCUGGAGUACGUUCAGGAUGUGGUCAAGGCCAAAAAGAAAAAGCUGUAUGAAGAAUACCUUCGCCAGAGUGUCAGCGAUCAGGACAUGGACUUGUAAAGAAAGAUGAUUCAGCUUCCCCACACUGACGUUGCUCGAUACUGUAUCUUGUUUGAAGUGUGCGGAUGUAAAUUAUAAGCACACAGUACACUCGUAGAAACCCAUCGAACAUGUGAUCAUGAAGUUGGUGUUACGUCUGUAAACACUCUAAAACCACACUACCUGCCGAUAACGAGUGUUGGGAAAUGGGAUUCUGUUACUGAUCACUUAUUUGUCGUGAGCAUUUAUAUACAUGUGCCUCUGCUCCAGUCAAAGGAAUACAGGCUUAUACCACUUUAAGAUAUUUAAACAUUUGCAAACUAUUUAUAUUAUUUCUUUAUCAGAAGAAAAAAGGUUUACAUGAGUCGCUUUGUAUGAGUUUUUGAAAACUUUCACCAGCAUUUUAUACAAUACUUUGGUAUCAUCAAGUAACAGUUUUGAUAUUAAUCCAGUUAGCAUCAUGAAUGUCUGUUAGCUAAUACUCUAAUACAACUCUUAUAAUUAAAGUAGUUCUUGCGGAAUCAAACAUUUUACCAGUGAUGAUGAAUUCAACUUUUCGUAUUUUCCUGUUCUACAUUGUGACCGUGUUUUAAUUGCAAAUGACUUAAAUAAAUAACAGUGUUGAACACACGA